UUGAUGAAAUUUAAAUCUUUGUCUUAAAUUGUUUAUGUUUUAGUUUAAUUAAUUUAAUUGUUUAAUUAUUUGCACUUGUUAAUAAGAUUAAGCGUUGAGAAGACAAUCUAAUCCGAUUCUCACCUUCUAAAGGUAAUUGUUUUAAUUGUUUCUUUGGGUGUUUUUGGUUCUUUUCUUUGUUUUCCUCAUUUUUUUUGGAUAACCAUGACAAACUUGUUGAGUGCUGUUCUUGUUGGAGAUGAACUUGGUUUUAUUAAACGAUUGGAUUUACAUGCGAAAGCCAAACAAACCAAGGAUAAGAAAAUAUUGUUAACCUUGAAUCGGGAAUUUAUUGGUGAACCUUCACCGGAUAAAUCGGUAUUGUCCAUUACCCCCUUAGCAGUUCCUGACUAUUUUCGCCAAUCAAACGAUCAAUUGGAAGAUAUUGACAAUGAUAAUGAUAAUCAAAUAACUAGUUCACACAAUUAUUCCGACGAUUUUGUUGAUGAACCUUAUGAGGAAUCAAAUUUUAUUUAUCUUAUAGCAAGUCGACCAAAUCAUAUCUAUUUGUAUAAUUCAUACAAUCAAAGGUUUGCCACCAUAGCUAAUCCAGUUGAAGGUAAUCUAAUUGGAUCAUUACCUUUAUCUGGUAAUAGAAUAAUUUCCUGUUACGAUAAUGGAACAAUUAAUGUACAAAAUAUUGAGACCUAUCUUAUUGCUAUUUCAAGUCGAAGUAGUAAAAAAGCUUGUAAAAUAUUGGGAAUUGGAACUGAAACAACAGAAGCUGAUCACAGUGAUGAUGAUGGAGAUGAAGGUGGGCCAAGUGCUUCGAAAAAGAUCAAAAAAUCUCAUACAAAAUCGAAAGGUAUUAAAAAAGGUGAUAAUUCAACUAUAACGACAAUUUUUUCACCCAAUUGGCAACCAUCAAAUGUUUGCCUAACGUGUUUUAAAGUCCAAGAUAAUCGUGUUGCCAUUGGUGGUAAAAAUUUCGAUAUGAGAGUUUUUGAUCUAAACACUAAGCAAUGUAUCUUCACGGCAAAAUCACAGAAGCGCGAUUGGCUUGGAAUCAGGCAUAAAGUUUGGACCUCUGAUUUAGACUGGAUCGGCCCAUUUGCCGGUAAACAAUCAUUGAUUAACACCUCAACUUUGGUCUCAUCACCAUCAAUGAUAGCAACCGCUUCCCGUACUGAUCCGGUUGUCCGUAUUUACGAUCUUAAAUCAUCAAGUCGCAAAUCAAUUUGGCAGUUAAACUUUAAAGAUCAAACUUUUAACAAUGAUUCAAAUCCUCCCUCAUUUACCAAAAUUUGCGCUACCCAAUCACCCGUUAAUAACUGUACACCAACUCAGAAGAUAAUUCUUGGUACAACCAUGGGACGAAUGAUGGCCGUUGACCUAAGAUUUAAUUCGCAUACAUGUCGACAUUUAGGUGUUUUCAAGUGUUUCGGUGGAGGUGCAAUAAGAGACAUUAAAUAUGUUCCCUUGGAAACAAACAUUGGAAAAGUUGUUUCCUGUAGUUUAGAUCGUUUCAUAAAGAUUCAUUCAUUUUCCAUGGGAUCAGAUAGAACUCGUUCCCUUGACCAUCGUUACUACAUGAAGACCAAACCAACUUGUAUACAGCCAAUUGUAUCUAAUGUACUUUUCCCCGAUCAAGAUUCCGAUGAUGAAGAUGACGAUGAAGGCGAUGAAAAUGAUGAAGAUGAUAAUUCUCAUAGUAUCUCAUGAGAAAUCAAUGUGUUGAAUCAACAUUUAUAACAAUUAAAUCUAACCAAAACUCAUCAGAAUAAGAUGCAAACAAAAAAAAUAGAGGCAAACAAUUAAAGGCUAAUGAUUAUUUUGUUUUAA